AUGCACCUCAUCAUCGAUAACGGCUCCUACAACAUCAAGGCGGGCUUCGCGUCUGGCCCGUUGCUCAAAGUGCAGAAUACGCUCACCAAAACUAAAGACGGCAUCAUCCACAUUGGCAAUGAGCAUAUCGCACACACAAACCUCCACUCAGGCAUCCUCUUCAAGAGACCGUACGAACAGGGUCAUUUGACGUCCUGGGAGACCGAGAAGGCUAUCUGGGACUAUACUAUCGACCAAUUGACUCCCCAGAAGGAGUUGGACCCCGCAGAGACCCAUCUUACCCUAACCGAAGCUCCGUUCCAGUUGCCUCAACUUUCCAUAAACACCGACCAGAUUGUGUUCGAGGAGUAUGGCUUCAACGAGUACUAUCGGUGCCCGGCCGCAUCUCUCGUGCCGUGGGUUGACUUCGAGGACAAUUCCAAGACCGCACCCAACGACUUCAUGUUGGUGAUAGAUUCUGGCUACAACGCUACAUGGAUCAUACCUGUUUUAUACCAGACAGUGUACUGGCAGGGAGUGCGAAAGCUCCCGGUAGGAGGGAAGCUCUUGAAUGGCAUACUCAAGGAGUUGAUCUCGUUCAGACACUACGACGUGCUGGAAGAACCCAUUCUUAUCAACACCAUCAAGGAACAAACCUGUUUCCUUGCCCAGGACUUCAACAAGGCAUUGGCGUCAAGGGAUAAGUACAUGUGUGAAUUUAUUCUUCCCGAUUUCAAGACCACCAUGACAGGAUACCUCCGAGACAAAAACACGGUGAUCUCACCAGAUACCCAGUCGUUGAAGCUUCUAGACGAACGGUUCACUGUGCCAGAGUCUUUGUACCAUCCCGAAAUCAUCUUCGACAACAACUCGACCACUGCCAACUCGGGGUUGGUGCAAAACUCCCCCAUCAAAAACUUGACCGACCUCGUGGUGGAGUCCAUCAUGGCAUGUCCCGAAACUGCUAGACCGUUAUUGCUGGCUAAUAUAAGUAUAGUGGGAGGCUCGGCAUAUAUCCCCAACUUCACGAACAGACUUGUUCUGGAGAUCACCAAAGAGUUGCCUCUGCACUGGUUUGUCAGGGUGAGGCAGGCACCAAAGGAUAGUAAAUUGGAUGAGAUGAGCUGGAUGGGGGGUGUGGGCUUGACCAAUGAUGAAAUCAUUAAUGAUGUGAGUAUCAGCAAGAAGGAGUACUUCGAGCAUGGGUCAAACUGGUGCCAAAAACAAUUUGGUUUCAAAAAUACAGUAUAG